AUGAAAAAAGAAGCUACUGCAGCUAUUUUAGCAGAAUAUCCAGCAUUAGAAAAAGGUAGACAAGACGUCUUGAAGCUGAAGACUUUUCAACCAGAUGUUUAUGAAGCAUGGUUAUUAUUAGAAGGUUUAAAAUUUACCUCCAUUUAUAUGAAUCCAAAUGUCCCAGGUUUAGUGUAUCCUAUUAACCAUUGUAAUAAGUUCUAUACAAAAAAUCACCAAACAAUUAUGGAUGAUAUGGUUGAGAUAAUGGAUGCACAGUUAAGCAUCACAACCAUGACAACUGUUGAUGGUACCAGCUUUAAACUUACCAAAGCGUGGUAUCCUAAUAUAACAAAGCCGUUAAUGGUUCAGUUGUCAUAUUCGGCAAAAUUUUUCAAAAGUGAUCUAGAAGCUUUGACUUCACAUCUCCAAGGGUUCAACUACCAGUUAAUUGGUUCCACUUUGAUUUUAAAGCAAGGUGGUUCAAAUUCCAAAUCAGAUGAUAAAUUCACACAUUGCUUACAAGCUGUUAUUGACUGGAAAGAAGCUAAUCUUAUUGGACCUCCAAAUAAGAGUAUCUUUGAAUCCAGGUUACAAUUAUUGAAUAGGGACAUCCUUAAGUGCACCGGUUGUGAUAAACUGGGGCACUAUAAGGUUAACUGUCCUGAAAUAUGUGCAACUUGUUCAAGAGCUGGUCACCAUCAAUCUAAUUGUAAUGCCUCAGUGGCCACAUUGGAAAGAAUCAAGAUGAUUCAAUCUCAAAAGUAUAAGAAAACAAAAGGGGGAAAAGUUCCAUUAACAUCAUCAUCUUCUGCAAAAGCCACUCAAUCAAAAGGAACAAAAGAUAAAAAAUCCAAUAUGGAAAAGGAUGGUUUUAGUCAAACUCCAAAGAAAAAAAGUUCAAGACCAACCUUAACACAAACAAAUGUUCCACAAACACCAAAACAGGUUAAUAAAUUUGCUAUGGCUUUUAAUCAACCAGAGAAUCAACAUGAAGUAGCAAGAGGUUCAAAUUCAGCACGAGUCUCAAGUGAAAAUGACAUUGAACAGCCAGCUUCAAAACCAUCAAACACUUUAAAAGAAAGUUUUAUCAACAAAUCUGGUCCAAAUCAUGAAGAUAAGGAAAAACAAAAGUCAAAUAGUAAUAAAACAGAAGAUGUAGCCAUGGAUUCUGCAAUUAAUGAGGAUUCAACCACCAAAGAAAAUGCAAUUCCUGCUAAUAUGGAAAACACCAUCACUGCUGAAGAAGCUCCACAAACAAAUGAAGGAACAAAAGAUGCUCAAGAUCUGAAUAAUUCAGAUAUAACACAAAAUAAUCAACUUGAUGAUCACAUAUUCAGUGAAUAUGCUCCAAGAUCUUUAAUUCAACAAGUUGAAGAAGGUCAUAUUGAAGAUCUAGAAGAAAGUAAUACUUUCUCUUUCAAAAAAUCCUUCACAAUUGUCUCUAAAUUAAAUGGUGGAAAACCUCCAGUACAAAUUCAAAGAGGCCGAUCUCCAGAAAGGAAUCCUGAGCUGAACAAAUCAGCUCCUGAAAUGUCACCUAAUACAAAAAGAAAAAGAAUUUGGGACGCUUUAGACAACGUCAAACCAGAGGAUGUCCAAAGAGCUAUGAAAAAUGCUCCACACUGGAUGAGACCAGAUCAACCAACUCAACAGGACAAGCCGAUAGACCCACUAGGAACAAAAGCUGGUGAAUCCCAAGGUGGUUUAUUAGGAUCUGAAGCUGACACAGAAGAAUCCGAUUCUGAAGCUGAGAAAGCAAACGACAGUGAUAUGCAAAUAGACGAUGAAGGAACUCAUCAAGAUCCAAUCCAACCUAAUUUACCAGCAAGAGAAGAAAUAGGUAACCCACUAGGAGACGAUUCCAAUCCCAAACCUGGUGAUACACCAUCUGAAUAA